AUGAAGGAGGUUAUCAAUCUGGCAGGGCCGACCGUAAAGAUUGUCGAGAGCCCGAUUCCCGAGCCAAAUGAUGACCAGGUUCUUAUCAAAGUGGUGGUGUCUGGGUCGAAUCCGAAGGACUGGAAGGUCCCAGAGCUUGCAGCUUCUGGGAACAACAGUCUCGACAUAUUGGUUGAGGCCAAGAAGGGAGUGAACCAAGGGGACGACAUUGCCGGUGUGGUUGAAAAGGUCGGCUCUAGGGUGGUUGAAUUCAAACGAGGUGAUCGUGUUGCGGCGUUCCACGAAAUGUGUACGCCUGGCGGCUCCUAUGCGGAGUACGCACUUGCGUGGAGCCAUACAACUUUCCAUCUGCCCAAGCACACCUCAUUUGAAGAAGCCGCAACAAUCCCUCUCGCUGCCUUGACUGCUGCUGUGUCCUUGUACGCGCACCUUCGAUUCCCACCGCCAUGGACACCUGCAGCAAAACCAACCCCGUUCAUCGUUUACGGCGCAAGCACGGCUGUUGGCUCAUACGCAAUUAAAUUGGCGUGCAACAGUAACAUCCAUCCCAUUAUUGCUAUAGCAGGGAAGGGAUCUCGUUAUGUACGGGGCCUUCUAGAUCAAAGCAAAGGAGACGCAGUGAUAGACUACCGUGAAGGAGUAGCAGCAACGACCAAGGCGAUAAGAGACAGUCUUGAAAAAGCUGGACAUUCUUCUGUGCGGCACGCGCUUGAUGCCGUUAUCAUUACGCAAAGCGCAGAGGUCUUGAAGCAGUCGGUCACCGCAGGCGGACAGGUCGAUUUUGUAUUGCCCAACGACCUGGACAUCUCGCCUGCUAUCAAAUCGAUCACUUCUGUCGGGUCAGUGCACAAGCAGCCUGGUUUUGGCGACUAUGAGGAACUCGGAUUUAUUUUCUCUCGGUAUUUUACGAGAGCAUUGCAGAAUGGCAGGUUUUCUGGUCAUCCUUUCGAGAUUAGGCCGCGAGGCCUCGACGGUGUUGAGGAAGCCUUGAAGGACUUGAAGGCUGGAAAAGCAAGCGCUACCAAGUACAUUUUCCGCAUUUCGGAUACCCAGGGCUUAUUUAGUGCUGGUUCUGCUCAGAUCUGA